AUGCUACGAAAUCAGUCCAGGAGUGUUCCGAUACUUCUGUCGCGAAUGUGGUGCAGCAGUUUUUGUUGUGAAGCCGGCACAGUCCUGGGCGGAUAUUGCGGCUGGCUUGCUGCGCGCAGAAGAAGGUGCUAG